AUGCCUCCCAAAGCUCACCGCGCUGGCGCAACGGGCCUCCCUCGUACACACUCCCGUUCAUCGUCAGGAGGCUCCUCCAAAGCAGCACUGAACCUUCAUUUUACGCAGAAAGAUCCCGCUCCAGCGAAGCAAGCCGAAAGAACGAAGAAAAACGGCUUAGUUCAUGACCCGCAUUCAAGAAAUACUUCGCCGUAUCCUCCUCGAGUGAAUAGUUCGACACGUCUUGCUUCAAGGGAGCAGCUGCCAGUUCAAGCACAGCGGCAGACCACUGGAAAACCUAAAGCUGGAUUUACUAUCGCUAGCCAAAGUGCGGAUGAAGACGAAGAGUGGGUCUCUAGCGAGAGUGGGGCAGCGACUCCGAGUAGUGUGAGCUCUGAUAGUGGCAGGUCCCGGACACCGGUUGAGACGCACAAACAUUCGCUUCCCGCGGCCCCACUCAUUGAUGAACCCAUACAUCGACCGGAAACUCCAAGAGCACAACUGCCCUCUAUGUCACGGGUGCCUACCAUCCGUCCCCCCGAGGCACCAGCUCGAACGUCAUCAGCUGUAGCUGUGUCGGCUGUACAUGUGUCACCGGCUCCAGCACUAGCCACAUCCAGAUAUCAUGUGAAACAAUCUAGUAUUUCUCAGCACCCUUCUCCUGAGCGCCGUAUCAUGGAGACUCGCUCAGAGAACACCUCGCCUAUUCAUCGCUCGCGUCCACAUAAGCGUCAGUCAGUCACACGCCCACCAUCUACUCAUUCGACAGCAAGCAGAAAUGAUGCACCAUUACGCCCACAUCCACUUAUCCGAGGUCAGUCAUAUGGUCAUGCAGCUCCAGUGACACCACGGACGGUGCCUCUCGCUCCACUCACUAUCACAUCUGAAGCUGCUCCAGCGCACAUAUCCACCACCCAGAUCUAUGAUGCGGAGGAUGGAAUAUGCACUUCGCCGUCGAGUAUCAAGACUACAUGUGCUCCACCACCUAACCGCAAAACAUCAAUAUCAUCUGCACGUUCGGUGGUCACUCUUCCAACUGAAGCACAUAUCCAACCACUCCAUUUCAAGGCCGUACACGACCGCACUCGCACCCUGUCAUCCAUGUCAUCAACUUCAUCGAGCUCUGUACAAGCGUUGUCAUCACUUGCACAACUUCCCACCACCCGUCCGUCAACGCCGCAAUAUACCUCACAUUUUCCUGCAGCUAGUCUGUACACCAACCUUGAAACUGUACACCCGUUACUCCCACCGCCGUACCUUAGUGCACACGUGUCCAUACUUGCGCACCGAAGUCCGUUGAGGGAGUCGUACGAUAGAGUUAUUGCCGCCAAGGAACAACAACGGCGCAGAGAGAGUGCUUGA